UACAGCGAACACCAGCUGCUCUCCGCGCCGGGCGCCGUGCGCCGCCGCUCCGCCAGCGCUGCCGCCCUCGCCCGCCGCCCGCAGCCGGCCGCCCGUGGCCCCUCGCAGCUUAGCCGGCCUCUCCUUUGUCCGCCCCGGCCCUCCCGCCGCCGAGCUCCCGGUCCCCGGGGCGAUUGCCCGCGGCGCUCGGUGCCGGCUGGGCGCGCAGGGGGCGGGAGCCGCGGCUCGCCCCCCGCGGAUGAGCCGCGGCGGAGCGCGGGCGGACGAUGGAACUCCACAUCCUAGAGCACCGGCUGCAAGUUGCCAGCGUCGCCAAGGAGAGUAUCCCGCUCUUCACCUACGGCCUGAUCAAACUUGCCUUCCUGUCCUCCAAGACCAGGUGCAAGUUCUUCAGUCUGACUGAGACCCCAGAGGAUUACACCAUCAUCGUUGAUGAGGAGGGCUUCCUGGAGCUGCCCUCCUCGGAGCAUCUGAGUGUGGCAGGUGCCACCUGGCUGGCCCUCAAUGUAGUGUCGGGCGGCGGCGGCUUUUCCAGCUCCCAGCCCAUCGGAGUGACCAAGAUCGCCAAGUCGGUCAUCGCCCCGCUGGCCGACCAGAACAUCUCCGUGUUCAUGCUGUCCACCUACCAGACGGACUUCAUCCUGGUGCGUGAGCGGGACCUGCCCUUUGUCACCCACACCUUGUCCUCUGAGUUCACCAUUCUGCGGGUCGUCAAUGGUGAGACGGUGGCGGCUGAGAACCUUGGCAUCACCAAUGGCUUUGUGAAGCCCAAGAUGGUCCAGAGGCCUGUCAUCCACCCACUGUCCAGCCCCAGCAACAGGUUCUGUGUCACCAGCCUGGACCCCGACACGCUGCCCGCUGUGGCCACACUCCUCAUGGACGUCAUGUUCUACUCCAACGGCGUGAAGGACCCGAUGGCUGCCAGUGAUGACUGUGGCCACAUCCGCUUCUUCUCCUUCUCCCUCAUUGAGGGCUACAUCUCCCUGGUGAUGGACGUGCAGACCCAGCAGAGGUUCCCUAGUAAUCUGUUGUUCACGAGUGCAUCCGGAGAGCUCUGGAAGAUGGUGCGGAUUGGAGGACAGCCCCUGGGAUUUGAUGAGUGUGGCAUUGUGGCCCAAAUCUCGGAGCCCUUGGCUGCUGCAGACAUCCCCGCCUACUACAUCAGUACUUUCAAGUUCGACCAUGCACUGGUACCAGAAGAAAACAUCAACGGCGUCAUCAGCGCCCUGAAAGUCAGCCAAGCAGAGAAGCAUUAGGAGGGCAUCUCUCCCCUCCUUGUCCACGCCCCAGCCCUGGGCCCAGCCCCACCUGAAGAUUCUUCUUGCAGUAUUUCUCAACAGACUGGAAAAUCAUCCCUAGGUCCUCCAAAGAAAGGGCCUCAGAGACAUCCAUCCCCAUUUGCUGACUUUGCCAGGCCUGGAGCCCAAGCCAGGCCCCCACCCCCCCUCCUGCCUUCCCAGAGCCCCCAGGCCUUCCCUAGAACACCCAUCUCCUCCUCCCACCUCCACUCCAGAAAAUGAUGCCGGAGGCCCCGGGAGCUUCUGAGCUGACCCACCUCCUCACCUGGCUUCACCCACAGCUGGGAGCAGACACUGAAGUAAGCUGGCACCUCCUGCAAGACACUGGGGUCCCAAUUCAAUUCACAUGUUUUGGGGGGGCAGGCCAAGUGGGGCUGAGUUUAUGGAGCCUUGGGAGGCACCGCGAGGGUGGGGAGCUGGAUCCUGUGGUUGCUGGUCUCGGGUUCCAUCAGCUCGGGGCCGGUUCCCGGAGUGAAGUCCAGUGGGCAGCCCUUGGGGCAUGUGCAGAUGAGGCUCCAGCAGAGCUCGGGUGGAGCGCUGAGCCGGGGGCGACCGAGCCCCCCGGGAUCUUGCCUGCCAAGCACAGGGCCUGUGCCCCAACUCCCAGCAAGACUGCCAGCGGGGCCCUUUCCGCACCCUCCCACCACAAGCUCUCACUCCUGGGAGACCCACCGGGGGUUCCUGCCCGGAUUCCCAGGAGACCCACCAGCGUGGGGCACAAGCUCCCAUCCCCUCUGCUUUCCCUGCACCCUACUCGGGCAGGCGGAGCCUCGGUUUCCCCCAGGUGAGGGUCCUGCCAGCCUUCCGGGCCUGAGGUUUCUUAGGCACCGCCCUCCUCCCCAACUAGGCCAGCACAGGGCUCCCCUGUCAUCCUGCCCCCUCCCUUGUCCCACUUUAGGGGACAUAGAAGGCCUCUGCCCCCCAACUCCCCCACCUGCCCACCCCUCAGUCUGGGGCCUGUGGCACUCAUCAGUACUUGAUCUGGGAGGCAGCUUAUCUGAGCCUUAACAGAGAAAACCGUACUUUGUUUAGUUUCUUAUUUAACGUAUUUGCGCUCAGGCUGUGGUCAGCAGCCAUUUCAAGAAGCAGGGCCUGCCUACCGGGUUGUCAGGCCCUGAGGCUCGACGUCCCCCAGCUGGUGCCCCGUGACUCCCAGGACAAGCAUGAGGACUGUGGGCCUUGGCCCCCCUUGGAGCCGGACACUGGGAGCAGAAGGCCGUUUGUAGAUGGGCCCCAGGGUGCCUCACACAGGGCUGCCCAGCCAGGCCUAAUGACAGGUACCCAGGCAGCCGUGGUUCCAAGUGUCAGAGGGGACCUGAGGGCCACGGGGGGUGGACAGCCAGGUGGCAGGUCAGCUGAGGUGGCUUGUCCCCCUGGAGGCUAUUCAGGGAGAAAGGGGUAAGGCCUGUGCCUCCUCCCCAGCUGGGGGUGCUUUUGGAGCACACAGGCUCCACUGCAGCCCCGCGCCGCCCCUGAGAAGCUGUGGGGAGAGGGGGCGUUCUGGUCCCGCACGGGCCUCGCCCCCCUCGCUGAGCUGUGUGGGCCCCUGUGCUGGAAGCCCCAGGUUUCGGAACUGUGUGUCCCAGCCCUUGUGGGCGGGUCUCAGGGCCCACACCCGGGUAGGAAGCCACCUUUUUUCUUUUUUAAGUUAAUUCAUUUUGCACAAAACUCCCUAACCAAAAUGUGUAAACUGUUAGCUGGUUCCAAAAUGGAGGUGGCCACAUGGGCGGGGCGGCACCUGAAGCCCCGAGUCCCCUUCCUGUCCGUGGAAGGCCUCGGUUUUCCGCGGUGUGCCUCCCCAGACCCCUCCUGUCGGUCCCCAAUCACGUAACUGGGCUUUUCCUCCUUCUGAGCAAGUGCGUAGGCCCCGUGACCCCAGAAAUGCGUGCUCCCAGGCCACUAGGGCGCAUCUAUUGUACACACGUAUAAAUACCUGUGUUUUAUGUUGAUAGAGAUAUAUACUGUAAAUAGCAUAUAUACUUGAGCAAUAUAUAUGUUAAUAUAUACCGUGUGGGCACGCGCACAUGUGUGCGACGUGUGGACACAGACCCCGCUGUGUGCACGCACGUGGGCGUGAGGGCCCCGCCCGCCACGUCCGCCGUGCACACAGGCACGUUGGAGCCGCCCUGUGCUUUCGAUUCAAGUCUAUGGGCGCUAAGCUUCGGAAAGGAGUGGGCCAGCCACCUCAGCCCUGCCUCAAGAGAAAAACAAAACCAGCAGCUCAGGAGCUGAGCCCCAGGUCGGGUGUCGAGGUUCCUCCCCCUUCUCCCCAGUCUCCCAGGAAAGUUGGAUUCAGCUCCUUGUACCUCCAUCUCCACGGCCGAGACCCCUGAACCUUUGUAUUUGGAAGACUGUAGAGCAGAGAGAGGAGAAGUGGGGUGGGACCUCUUGCUUUCUAACAGACCAGUCUCCGGACCUGAAGGCCCAGGCCCGCUGGAUGGUCGCCCGAGGCUCCGUCCAGGCCCGCGCCCCUUGCAUGGCUGGUUUUAUGCUGACGGCUUACCUGAUUUUUUUCACCUGCAAGCUUAGAAACCUCGGGCUCUCUUCCCCUGUCUACUGGGCGCUGGCCCCGUCUAAGAAAGGGUCUGAGGGAGCCCCGGAUGCUGUGUCCAGGGAGGGGACGAGGCAGCUGCUGCCCGGGAAACCCUGCCCUUUGCUUCCCCGCCCUGCUGUGUGAGGUGGCCCGUGGAGGCCGGCGGCUGUUCUCUCAGGCCUAUGCAGUGUGUGCAUGUCCGUGAUUAGCAGAGUCAGUGAUUUGGUCUCCGCAGCAUUUGUGUGGGGGAGGGCAGGGCGUGAGUGCUUUUCCCACUGGUUAGCUGCCCCCUCCAUCUGCAGGUUUGCUGGGUGUGGGGGUCUCCAGACCCACCAGAGGUGGCCUGAGGAAUGAAUGUGCCCCAUCAGGGCUGAGGCUUUCUUGGCACUGGCUGGCGGGUUGCAUGCAGCAGGGGGAGGAACACUGGGCAGACAAGGCAGCCGCAGCGAGCAGGCAGGCCCUGUAUCUUUGCUUCCGUGCCACUUCCUGGGAAGAAAAGCUUGAACUAUCUAAACCCCUUGCCCACCCCUUCCCCUACACUACAGAGUGGGGGGGGGUGUCAUGACCACCCCCUUCCUCCCCCCCCAGUUGUAAAAAUCUGCCCCUGCUCCAUACUCAGCCUGGGCUCCCCUGGUUCCCAGGAAACUCCUGCCCUGCCCCAGCCCCCAGUCCUGACCCCACAGAUGGGCAGUGCCCACUCUGCACCUCCUUCCUCCCUGAGGGUCCCCAGAGACCCACAGGAGGUGCCCCCUGCGCCACUGCCCUCGGCCCAGGGCACACACCCCGCUGGACAGGCGUGCGGACUCCCCCACCCCAAGAUUCUGGGGGUCGGCCCCCAGGCACCAGCAGGCUGCCCGUCCCACCACCUCCAGGCCGUGGGGCCCUGGCCGGCAGGGAGGGAGCGAGGAGGCCCAGAGCUGCCCACCACCCCCACUCCCGGCAGAGACCCUGGCCUCGGGGACUAGUGUGGGCUCCCAGACGGUGUGCGGUCUGGCGAGGCUUGUCGGCUCUGAGGCAACAGAACGCCACAGAGGUCGGAGGGGCCGGGAGGGGGCAGACCCAGAUUUCCAGGCAAGGGUACCGUGUGCCUGAUAAUCAGAGAUGAACUCGUCCACCCACCGCCAGCUCCUCCUGGCCCCGCUUCCCAGGAAGACCUUUUAGGAGACUGACGGUCACCCUGGGCCACCCUUCUGGGCCUCUCGUUCUGGAUGUGGGACAGCAAGGGCCCUUCCCAGCCCCGGUUAAGGGAAGAAACCUUGGGGAUCUCCAGCCCUGAGAAAUGACUGACACCACUUCCUGCGUGAACACUGGGCGGGGGUGGGGGGAGGGAGGAGGAAGACACCCCAACACGCCUGUGCCACUGUGAAACACUGGUGUUGGUGAGAGGAGCCUGGGGAAGUCCUGGCUGCUGAGCUGAGGGAGGGGCUGGGUCUAGAGCGGGCAGUGGCCCUUCGUUCAGAGAGGCCGCCUGGGAGGGAGCCCAGCAAGGUGGUGGACAGAGGGCAGGCUUGGGAAGAGGGGCCCCAGGUUGUCGCGAGGGGAGAUGAGCCCAGGUGUAGCUGGGUCUCAGCGGUCACCCCAACUGUUUAGUUUUUGUUUUUUAUUUUCAAAUUAGAGGCAGCCAAAGGACAACCUUAAUUCUCUCUCACACCUUUGCACAGGUCAUGGGGGAAAGCCACAGGUGGGUGGUGGCCUUCAGCUGCGACUGCGUACACUCCUGUUGAAGGCUGCCGUGUUGGGAAGGGAAGAUGGCGCCCGCUGGCCACCGUGCCUGCGGUGCUGGGGGCCGCGGGCUCCAGGAGUGGCUGGGGGGAGAGGCGGUGGAAGCCUGCAGCCCAGCCCCCUGGCACCUGUGGGCAGCCAGGCAGUGAGGGAGUUUGUGGUCCUCGGUUCAAGGGGUUGAGAGGCUGAGUCAGGACACUGUUCUGUGCAUGGCCACACGUGUUUACUCUUACGCAUCAACUGUGUGUGCUGUGGCAUACACAUUCAUGGGUGUAUAAGAGCAUGUGUGUGCAGAGUCCAAAGCUGAGCUAAGGGGCUGGCUUAAUCAGUAUUUGGAGGUCUUGGUAGCGUUCCGUGGGCCAUGUGUCGAGGGCGGGAUGGGCAGGCAGUGGCAGGCCCGUGAGGACUGCCCCAGUGCCCUUGACUUUGUUAAGACUGCUCUGAGGUUGGGGCAGAGGGGUCCCUUGCAGGGCCGUGUCCACACAGCCAAGCCUGAAAGCCUAGA